CUCAUACGAGUAGAGAAAGUUUAAAAUUACAAAUUAAGGACUGAGCGUCCAGAAGCCCUCUGAUACCGUGAAUUAAACUCAUCCUACAUCUGCCUCACCUUAAACCGGACCCAUUUCCUCCUCACCCAUUCCAUCCUCUCCUCUAGCCGCUCUUUCAGUUCUUCAGGACACAUUCCAACAGCAACUAUAAGCAUGGAACACUGUCCCCUCUUUGGGUCCCUGUUCAAACCAAUGGCAUCCUCUCUCCCACCCAAACCACAACCCCCACGAUAAAGAAAACCUAACAACUUCGGGAAACACAAUCCAGCGGUACAGGAUUCUCGCCAGAAACACCCCUAUGAGGCACCAGCAUAUCCUCCGGUAAGUCACUAUUGAAUAUGUCUGCAGGCUCCGUGAUUCCUAACGAGGAGCCCACAAGCUCGCGAAUAUCCCGCGGGAACUCCAGCAGUGAGGAAGAAUCCACCCAGGACCUUUUCAGCGACCAGCUGUAUUGUCCUCCACGUGCCAUUUAUCGGAGUUUUUUAUUGAGAACAUGGGCAACAGGUGAAUAUCGUCCGUGGGGAUUAAGCGCCCGGAAGGGAGUCUAGGGGGCACUCGGAAUACAGGUUCAGGCGGUGCUCGGGGGGGGGCGUAAGUUGUAGUGUGCUUGUAAGGUUUUUUUUAUGCCAUGGCUCGGCGAGAUCGCGGAAUAGUAGCUUCCUCAACAGUACCCCUACACUGACGGAAGACACAAAUUGGGUAUCGCACCACCUGUAGUCUUGGAACCGAGACCGCCUUGUAGAGGUAUAUGGCGGAUUCAAUGUUCAUCGCGUCUGCCUCAUCAAUGAUUGUUGAAAUUAUGAUGACGAGAAAGGAGGUGAGGUUUUUUUUGAGAGGGAGGCUUUAAAAGUCGAGGACUGUAGACGACGUUGGGGGAGAUCUUUUUGCAUUCCAUGCGAGGCACGGGUGUGCGCCGGCACGGCAGGGUGGGCGCGGGAUAUUGGUGAUAGCAGUAGUGGUGCUAUUUUUAUCUCCAUUCUCCUUGUAUCUCCCAAAAGGAGCAGGAGUGGGGACGGUGGGACGUUGCCUCUCUUGGCCCCUAUGCUAAUCUGCUUCAGUGUAUGGGGUUGGGUUUGAUGGCGAGGCCUUGCGCAGCGGAGGUGAGAAAUCACGAUGUGGAU